ACCGUUAGAGCCGCUGAGUGGGACAGACAGACGGCUUUCGGAGAGCGGAGCUGCUUUGUGUAGACAUUUAAUUUUAAACAUUUCUGUUUUUUUUUUUUUUUUUUUUUUUUUUUUUUAAUUUCUAUUGUAGCUCUUUUAUAUGGAAUGAGCCACUUCUUUAUAGUAAAGAAGUAUUUUUAUGCGGUUUAGACUGAGGCGAGAAGAAUUCUGGGCUGGAUACUAGGACCGCUGAGCUGAUUGGUGACGUGAUCCUGCCAUGCGUGAAUACAAGCUUGUGGUGUUGGGCUCUGGAGGUGUGGGCAAGUCCGCACUGACAGUACAGUUUGUCCAGGGCAUCUUUGUGGAGAAGUAUGAUCCCACAAUAGAAGACUCCUACAGGAAGCAAGUGGAAGUGGACGGGCAGCAGUGUAUGCUCGAGAUUCUGGACACAGCCGGCACGGAGCAGUUCACUGCAAUGAGAGACCUGUACAUGAAGAACGGCCAGGGCUUUGCUCUCGUCUACUCCAUCACAGCACAGUCCACGUUUAAUGACCUGCAGGAUCUACGAGAGCAGAUCCUACGAGUAAAGGAUACAGAAGACGUGCCUAUGAUUCUGGUUGGGAAUAAGUGCGAUCUGGAGGAUGAGCGAGUGGUGGGAAAGGAGCAGGGACAGAAUCUGGCUCGUCAGUGGAACCAUUGUGCCUUUUUAGAGUCUUCGGCAAAAUCAAAGAUCAACGUCCUCGAUAUCUUCUAUGACUUGGUCAGACAGAUAAAUAGAAAAACGCCUGUGGAAAAGAAGAAAGCGAAGAAGAAAUCCAACUGUGUGCUCCUGUAGUGUCUCCUCCCUACAGCACCUCGGAGCCAGACCGCUGUAUUGAAGAACUGUUGCCCCGUUUGGAAGGGUUUUGCCAUCCUCAGCAAGCGAAUCUACAGACCAGCUGAUGAACUUGAAGGAUACACAAAGAAAAAAAAACACGUGGAGUUUUUUUGAUUCCCGAACGUCUGAGGAGAAGCGUUCAUUUAUCACAACCUGAGUAGGACUCAUUUUUCAGUACUCCUCAGGAACACUGAGCAUGAUAUCUUCCAUAAAACUCCAACAGUAAAUACACAGCAUCUUUCAUUUCAUUUCCAAACCAAACCAGCUUCAACCAGAGAACCACCGGAGCUGAUUACAUCACCCACAAACGGAUAUGAGGAAAAGGUCUAAUUCUACAACAGCAUCAAGAAAAGAGCGAAUUUUGGGGGGAUCUGGAAGGAAAUGCAUAACUGUAGCCCAUAAUUUGGUCUCCUAACAUUUCAGUAUCUAAAGAUUUAACUCAUUUUUUAAAUUUUAAUCUCAAAACUGUUUUUAAGAAGUGUUCUCAUUUCCACUCACAUUUCAGGAACUAAUUAUCCCUCUUUUGUUCUUCUAAUUUUUAGUAUUUUAAUCACAGCAUCAGCAUGACCACAUAAUGUAGAUGUUGUAAAUGAAAUGAAGUUCAAGUGUUGACUCUUUUGAAGUAUUUCAUUCUCGAAGCCAUUUGUGUAAAAGUUUAUAGACGAAGGUUCGUAAGCUGUUUGUAAUUAUACACCGUCUCCCUUUGCAUCAAUAAGGACCUGACCCCUGACCUGUGACUGUUUUGUACUUUAGUCACUCGGCUUUCGUAGCUUCUUCCAUAAACAUAAUCUAAUAUUAUAUUUUUUGGACGUGUAAGACUUUGCGCCUUUUUAUAGACAGGGGAAAAAUGGGUAAAAUACCAGACGGAUUUGUAGGUUUUCUGAGUUUUAAAUAUAUAUUGUGCUAUAUCUCCUUUAGUUCUUCUCAUGCAUUUCUGUCAGAAGUUGCUCUGGCUUUUAUGGUUGAUUAAAUUUUAGUAUGUUUUCACUGUA